CAUUCAACAGCAUUUCGACAUUUGAAGGAAGAGUGAAGACGAUUUUACAAACCUUCUCGAUUAGUUUCGUUAUGGAAUAGAAGAUAUCACUGCAACAAAUUUAAAGGAGUUCAGUUCUUAUAAUAUUAAAACAGUCCGUGUGAUUUAUAUAAGUGCUUUGAAAAUGGUUGCUGUAUCCAAAAAGGGGCUGUGCACUCUAGAUGCUUUAUUAGUGCUAUUCAUGAUCAGCUUUAUCUCGGUCAAUGCUAUUCCAGAAUAUUAUAUGGAAGAGAGAUGUAUAAACAACAACAUAAUAAAUCUUGCAACGGAAACUCACGAGGCAGUCCGACUGCGGCUGACAAGAAAUCCCGCUUACACUCGGAACAUCAACUGUGUCAUGGUAAUUCAGCCUCCCCCGGGUAAAAAGCUCAUCGUCCGUUUCAACGAGCUAGACAUCCAACAGUUACAGACAGGCCAGUGCUUGGAUGCUCUUGUUGCAAUUGACGGCCAAGACCAAGCCUCAGCAAGACUUUUGCAAGGUACUCCUCAACAGAUCUGUGGACAGUCCAGACCCGCACAGGCCUAUGUCACCCAGCAAGGGCCUCUUCUCCUCAGAUUCGCCAGUGGACAAACAAAUGUGGCCAGGAAAGGAUUCGAUCUUCUAAUCACUGCAUACAAAGACGGGCCCUGUGCUUCUAACGAGUACACAUGUAACAACCAGCGAUGCAUCAAUGAGAACCUGCGAUGCUCGGGACUUGACCAUUGUGGGGACGGGACACGCCCCUGUCUGCUGACAGCCGAGGCCAUGGCUGGUAUCGCUGUGGGCGGGGCCCUCCUUCUCAUCAUUAUCAUCGCUGUCAUCGUCUUCUGUGUGUGCCGCCAUAAAAGGAAGACGAACUUUAGUGAGAAGGCUCAUGCCCAUGACAACCGAAGAAACGGCUACGAACCAACAGUAGUUCAAGGGGAGUCGAUCAAAAUUAACGGGAACAAUGUGAGGGGCGUGGUCUAUUAGCCAUGACCCACGCCCAACGGGGGACAGACUCUUUAUAUAGUGAAAUUAAUCGCACUGUGAUAUACGUGUAUUGUCAUUUUUUUGUUGGAUUCACCGUGUGUUUCUUAAUAUGUACGCGUUUUUUUUGUAUAUUUAUACUUUGAUGUCAAAUUGUCAUUCAUUCAUGUAAUUAUGUUUUUAUUUUGUACUAUACGUUUUUGUAUUUCCUUCUUAGGUAAACAAACUUUGUAUUAUUUACAUUUUACUUAAUAAACUUGGUAACAAUGCUCGA